AUGAUUGCAUCAAGGUUCUCAAGAGCUCUUCCUCGAGCCACUCCCCUUUCUCGCCUCUCACAGAUUCGAGCACCACGCUCCUCCAUAAUCUCACGAUAUGCCUCCACCGACGCACCCGAGACGACCGAGAAGGUCAAAGGCCAAGUCAUUGGCAUUGACUUGGGCACAACAAACUCAGCCGUCGCCAUCAUGGAAGGCAAAACCCCAAAGAUAAUAGAGAACGCUGAGGGUACCCGAACAACGCCCUCAGUCGUUGCCUUUACCGAAGGGGGCGAACGUCUAGUCGGCGUUGCCGCCAAGCGACAAGCAGUUGUCAACCCCGAAAACACCCUCUUCGCAACUAAGCGUCUCAUCGGACGAAAAUUCUCAGACCCGGAGGUUCAGCGCGACAUCAAAGAAGUGCCUUACAAGAUCGUUCAACACACGAACGGCGACGCGUGGCUAGAAGCACGUGGCGACAAAUACUCGCCUUCUCAGAUUGGUGGUAUGGUCUUGUCCAAGAUGAAGGAGACUGCCGAAGCAUAUCUCAGCAAGCCCGUCAAGAACGCCGUGGUUACAGUCCCUGCCUACUUUAACGAUAUGCAGCGACAAGCUACAAAAGACGCUGGUCAGAUUGCUGGCUUGAACGUGCUUCGGGUCGUCAACGAACCUACAGCAGCUGCGCUUGCCUACGGUCUGGAAAAGGAAGAUGAUCGCGUGAUCGCAGUCUAUGAUCUUGGUGGUGGCACCUUCGAUAUCUCAGUGCUUGAGAUCCAGAAAGGUGUUUUCGAAGUCAAGUCUACCAACGGUGAUACUCACCUGGGUGGCGAGGACUUCGAUAUCACUCUUGUCCGCCACAUCGUCCAGCAGUUCAAGAAGGAAUCGGGCCUCGAUCUAUCGAAUGACCGAAUGGCUAUCCAGCGUAUUCGUGAGGCUGCUGAGAAGGCCAAGAUUGAGCUGUCGUCGUCUAUCCAGACUGACAUCAAUCUUCCCUUCAUUACUGCAGAUGCGUCCGGGCCGAAGCACAUAAAUAUCAAGAUGACCCGCGCACAACUCGAGCAAAUGGUUGACCCUCUCAUCUCCAAGACCAUUGAGCCCGUCCGCAAGGCGUUGAAGGAUGCCAAUCUGCAAGCCAAGGACAUUCAGGAGAUCAUCCUUGUUGGUGGUAUGACUCGUAUGCCCAAGGUCACAGAGUCAGUCAAGAGCAUCUUCAACCGCGAUCCUGCGAAGUCGGUCAACCCCGAUGAAGCUGUUGCCAUUGGUGCCGCCAUCCAGGGUGCCGUCCUUGCUGGCGAGGUUAUGGACGUAUUACUGCUCGAUGUCACCCCUCUCUCGCUCGGUAUUGAGACCCUUGGCGGUGUCUUCACUCGCCUAAUCAAUCGCAACACCACCAUCCCCACCAAGAAGUCGCAAAUUUUCUCCACUGCUGCCGAUUUCCAGACUGCGGUCGAGAUCAAGGUCUACCAGGGCGAGCGAGAGCUCGUGCGCGACAACAAGCUACUCGGCAACUUCCAGCUGGUUGGGAUCCCACCUGCACACCGCGGCGUGCCUCAGAUUGAAGUUACCUUCGACAUCGACGCCGAUUCGAUUGUCCACGUCCACGCCAAGGAUAAGUCCACCAACAAGGAUCAGUCUAUCACCAUUGCCUCCGGAUCAGGUCUCUCAGAUUCUGAGAUUGAAAACAUGGUGAACGACGCCGAGAAGUAUGGUGCUCAAGAUAAGGAGCGAAAGGCCGCUAUUGAGGCCGCCAACCGUGCCGACAGUGUCCUCAAUGACACUGAGAAGGCACUCAAGGAAUUUGAAGACAAGCUCGACAAGACUGAGGCAGAUACUAUCAAGGAGAAGAUUGCUUCUCUUCGUGAAUAUGUCGCCAAGAACCAAGCAGGCGAGGGUAAUGCCACCGCUGAGGAGAUGAAGGCCAAGAUCGAUGAGCUCCAAACAUCCGCUCUCACACUCUUCGACAAGAUGCACAAGGCUCGUGAAGAGUCAUCACAAACUCCUCCCCCUGGUGGUGAUGCUGGCGCACAAGGUGGCGAGCAGAAGCCUUGA